AUGCAUGGAGUGCAGGACGGUAGACUUCACCAGCAGCUAUCUGUAGCACUCAAGCAGCGUGAACGCAAGGGCAGUCUUCGUGCACUGAAACCAUCCUCACUCGACCACACCCUCCUGGACUUUUCCUCCAAUGACUAUCUCGAUCUUGCAAGCGCUGCUAUUCUCAGAACCGUCUUUACGCGUUAUUUAGAACAACAAGGAACGCUUGCUUCGACUGGAUCGCGUUUGCUAUCUGGUAACUCUCACCUUGCCAAUACCAUCGAAGAGGAAGCGCGAGCAUACUGGCAAUCUCCGGAAGCAUUGCUAUGUGGGAGCGGAUAUGAAGCGAACGUCAGUCUUUUCAGCACAAUACCUCAGCCCGGAGACGUCGUGCUCUAUGAUGCAUUUAUUCAUGCGAGUGUGCAUGUUGGGCUCAAGACUUCGCGGGCCGCGCGGAAGGUGGCAUUUAGACACAACGAUAUGGCUCACCUACGAUCUCUACUACGACAUGAAGCAUCUGAUUUGGUUGACUGCCCAAAGACCGUUUUCAUUGCAUGCGAGACGGUGUACAGCAUGGACGGCGAUCUGUGUCCUCUGGUAGACAUGCUUGCUGUCAUUCGCUCGACGUACCCAAGUGCACGCGUCAUUCUUGACGAAGCACAUGCAACAGGUGUCUUUGGUCCACUAGGACGUGGUCUCGCCAGUCACUUGGAGCUUGCGAAUGCGCCUGAAAUUCUCGUGCGGCUGCAUACAUUUGGCAAAGGUGCAGCAGGGACGGGUGCCAUCAUUUUAUGCGAUGCACUCGUCAAGUCGUACUUACUCAACUAUGCAAAAGGUUUGAUUUAUUCUACAUUUUUGUCUGCACCAGCACUCUGCCUGAUGCGUGCCAGUCUGACAGCAUUGAGUACAGGACAGACACUAGCGAGGCAGAAUCAACUCUGGCAGCGCACUCGCACAUUUCAUGCGCUCUUAUCCGACAGGCUUUGUGCUGACUCUUCAUCGACACUGGUUGUGCCCAGUACAGGUCCUCAGAGUCCCAUUAUCCCAAUAUUGACGAGCAGACCAUUGCAAUUGUCACAGUUCUUGCAUGCUCGAGGGUUCAGGGUCAUGCCUGUACGGUAUCCGACCGUCCCUCGAGAUGCUGAGCGCAUACGAAUUUGUCUGCGUGCAGAGGUGUCGGUCGCGUCACUUGAAGCACUGGUGGAUGCUCUAGCGGACUGGCAGAAACUUGGACAUGUGGACUCGGGCGCGGUAGCAAAGCUUUAG